AUGCUGCUUGCGAAUCGGUUUGGUCGGGCCACGAUCAUCGCUGGGGGCACCCUUCUGAUAUCGUUGCUCUUGGUGAUACUAGCACAGAGUGCCGACCUGAGAUCACACCUUCCUAGCUCCACGUCAAUAUGGCCGGCUAAGGAGUGCUCCGCGUCGUCUUUGGGAGAGAGCAGGAGGAACAUUUCUUACGACCUAACGACGCCACCUUCGAUCGGCUGUGAAGACAUCGUCAAUGACCUUCAGCAGCAACUAAUCCAAGCGUAUACAAAGAGUCUGAAAGGUGUUCGAUAUGCAAACAUCUGGGGCUAUCUCGAAACAGAGAACAAGGGCGAUGCCGCCAUUUGGUCAGCUCAGCAGAUUCUCAUGAGCAUGCUCGGCAUUGAGAUGAUGGAGGCGUGUCGGUUCCUCGAUAGAGAUUGCGAUAUCAGGCGCUUUCGCAAAGUCCUUGAAGAACACCGCCCCCAUUCGGCCAUCAUCAUGGCAGGUGGCGGCAACUUCAACGACUACUACUGGGAGGACCAGCCUUCGCGUAUGGCGAUGAUUCAGGCAUUUACCAACGUUUCUAUCCGAGCAUUUCCCCAGAGCGUGUACAUGACAAACCCAGAGCGUAUCAAGGCGACCGAAGAGGCUUUUGGGAAGCACAAAGACCUGCAGCUUGCCGCGCGCGAUAAGCCCAGCUAUGACUGGCUUGACAAGACAUUUGGCAAGAAGGAGGGAAUCGAAAGCCACCUCGUGCCGGACAUUGCAUUCAUGUGGGGGAAUCGAUCCGACUUUAGAGUUAACGGGAAAAAGACCCACGAUAUUCUCAUCCUCGCCCGAAAAGAUGCGGAAAUCUCCGACGGCGACUCGUCCAAGAUUGAAUUUGGUGAAGGCGAAAUGGAUCUAGGCGGCAGCGUAGGCAAGGUUACCUACCAGAAAGUCGACUGGAAAUUCACCCACACGCCGGAUAUCGACCCACCGCCAAAGUCCUCUCGUGAUGAAGCCAGCGGCUCACCGGCACCCAAGCGAGAGAACGGCAAGAACCAGCGCGCCUGGGCCAAGGCCAUUGCUGGAUUCGAACUCCUAGGAUCUGCUCGUUUCGUAAUCACCGACCGCCUCCACGGUCACAUUCUGUCAACACUUAUCGGAGUUCCUCAUGUUCUCAUGGACAGCAAGCUGGGCAAGAAUCUCAAUUUUCACAACACUUGGACACGCGACUGCGAAUGCACCAGGAUCGCAUUCAGCAUUGAACAAGCCUUGGACGUCGCGCGCUUAUAUUUUGAGAAGGAAAAGGCCCCCCAACAAUAA